AUGAAGUCUGCAAGACUAGCAGUAAAGGCGACUCAGCAGAGGCACUUGGAAGCCUUGCAUAAGCUAAGAGAAAAUCGUUCAACAGCCGGUUCUUCCCAAGCUCCACUACCACGAGUGCAAGAAUGGAGUUUGAAGGAUUUCCUACAGCAUCAUCCAUCCCGUUUUAAUGGCAAGACUAGCCCGGAUGGAGCUUAUCAGUGGAUGCAUGAUAUGGAACGAAUCUAUGAUGCAAAGAGAUGCCCUGUACAUAACAGAUUAGCAUACACUGAGUACUUUCUUGCUGGAGAGGCCGUGCAUUGGUGGUCCAGUAUGAAGAUGAUGUUGGAAGAUAACAGGGAACCCAUCACUUGGGAGCUAUUUAAGAAAAAGUUAUAUGCUGAGUACUUCCUAGAUAGUGUGAGGUAUGCAAAGGAGGUUGAGUUCUUGCAACUGAUGCAAGGAGACAUGCUGAGAGGUGAUCUCAAACUCAUGGUGGCUCAACUCUCUAUCAAGGAAUUCCCUUCCUUGGUGGAGAAUGAAAGAGUGAUAGAGAAGCUUAAGGUUGAGGUUGAAGCUCAACAGCGAUCUCAACAGAAGGUGGGAGGACCAUCUGGGUCUACGAGCAAACAUGACGAUAGGAGGAAGCCAUACCCUAAGCCUCAGCCUUAG